CCUUGAAGUCAUGCACCAUGUUGCUAUCGAAGUGAAGCAUACUGUCCUGUCAUGGACACCUUCAAAUAUGCUGAUUCUCUUAAUGCUUCCCCUUCUGCUCUGUUAAAUACAAUCAAUGUUCCAUGUCCUUUCACUUGUCUGUGUCUGUGUUGACUUGUAAGCUAUUUAUUCAGAACUGUUUCCACAUGGUAUUCUUACCAAUAUGUAUCAGUUUUUUAGUCGUGAAUAACCUCCAUGCUUUACCUGUUUAUCCUGUUAUAUAUUUUAUGUUCAACACAUCUUUGGGUGGUCCUUGAUUUUGUUCACUUUUUUAUUUGCACAUUUUCCUUUCUUUCCUCAUUUGCUUUCUAAUUUCAUCCCAUGCUUCCUAUAUUCCCUGAUUUCAAAGUCCCUGUCCUAAACUUUGCCCCUGCUACAUAAUUCCACUCUAUGCCAUUUGUCUGAAGCUUGUGUUGCAUUUUACAUUUUAAUCUCUCAGAUCUGUUCACUUUGACCCAUUCCAAUCCUGCCUAAACAUAUCAGUGCCAUAGUGCGUGUCUUUGUUACCACAGGCUUGACUUUUACAUUGAUGUUCUGACUACACUUGUCCACCCUAUCUGAAUGUGCUUCCCCUUGCAGUACAUGUGUGGAGUCUUGUCCCACACAAACCAUGUGUUCCUGAUCUACUUGGGCCACCAGUGGGCUAAAGCCUCAGUUUUAAAAGUCUGUACUUGUGUUCAGCACCCCCCCCCCUCCUCCAGUCCUGGAAACCCACCUCCAUCCAAUGUUGGUAUCUUACAUUCCCUGUUUUAGUGAAGGGUCCUGGCCAGAAACAUCACUCAUUCCUUCUCUCCAGAGAUGCUGCCUGUCCCGCUGUGUUACUCUAGCAUUUAGUUGCUUGCCAUUGUCAUAUGGUUUUCUUUGCCAAACUGCAAUUCUUUCCCUGAAUGUUAUGAUCUCUUCCUUUAAGAUGCUCCUUAAAAUUUGCAUCUAUAAGCUUUUGAUCAUCUACCUUGAUGCAGUAGUGUUGGAUGUUAAUUGUUAACAUUAUUAUGAACCACUUUGGGACAUUUUGCUGCAUUAAAGAUACUACAUCAAUCCAAGUAGCUUCAAUUAAACUAGGAUGUAAAUGUCAUAAAUACUUUGUCACAUUAAAACAAUAUGCACAUUUACAAUCAGGGCUGUGGAAUCAGUCGGGUGUCGACUCCACAACUCUGUUUACAAUACAGCUGUGUAUUUCACUGGAGUUGGGAAGUGAGAAAACGGAAAAAUUUCCAUUGUGUUGCUUGAAAAAAAAUUGCAAAUGCACUGGAGCAUCUUGGAAACAUAGAAAAUAGGUGCAGGAGUAGGCCAUUCGGCCAUUCGAGCCUGCACCGCCAUUCAAUAUGAUCAUGGCUGAUCAUCCAACUCAGUAUCCUGUACCUGCCUUCUCUCCAUACCCCCUGAUCCCUUUAGCCACAAGGGCCACAUCUAACACCCUCUUAAAUAUAGCCAAUGAACUGGCCUCAACUACCUUCUGUGGCAGAGAAUUCCAGGGAUUCACCACUCUCUGUGAAAAAUGUUUUCCUCAUCUCGGUCCUAAAAGAUUUCCCCCUUAUCCUUAAACUGUGACCCCUUGUUCUGGACUUCCCCAACAUCGGGAACAAUCUUCCUGCAUCUAGCCUGUCCAACCCCUUAAGAAUUUUGUAAGUUUCUAUAAGAUCCCCCCUCAAUCUUCUAAAUUCUAGCGAGUACAAGUUGAGUCUAUCCAGUCUUCAUAUGAAAGUCCUGACAUCCCAGGAAUCAGUCUGGCGAACCUUCUCUGUACUCCCUCUAUGGCAAGAAUGUCUUUCCUCAGAUUAGAGGAGACCAAAACUGUACGCAAUACUCCAGGUGUGGUCUCACCAAGACCCUGUACAACUGCAGUAGAACCUCCCUGCUCCUAUAAUCGCUCUUGGACCCUAGUGUGCAUUUUUUUUCCAAUUUUAGAAAAUUUGUUUUAGCACUUUUUUUUUGAAGAUUGCCCUGAUUUUGUAAAUGCAUUGCAGCCCAUCAUUGUUAAUUUGUGUGUGGUAAAGACUGCUGUUUAUCUUAGACUUGUGUGGGAUUAGUAGUGUGAUACGAACAAGUCUCACCCAGAAAAUCUGCUUUUGCUAUCUUGGAUCAUCUGAAUGAAAACAAAAUAGGUGCAGGUUUUGCAGUAUCCCAGUUCUGAGUGUGGAGUCUUACUGGUGUAUGUAUGUAUGUAACAGACAUAUUGUGCGGGCAGCAUUUGCCUUAAAUACUCUGCUACCGCAGCACUGGAACGGCUGUAUUGAAAACCCAGAGGAAAUCCCCUCUGCAAUUACAUUGAUGUUUAUCAGUGAUAUGCACAACCCGUUGUUGUUUAAUGGGGUGUGUGUAUACCACACACACAGCACUAUUUUCAUUCACAGCUGAUCAAAAAGUACUAGAUGACAAUCAUUUGACAUUUAAAAGGAAAUGGCAUUUUAGAAAAAUCGCUCUCUUGGACCCUAGUGUGCAUUUUUUUUCCAAUUUAAAAAAAUUUGUUUUAGCACUUUUUUUUUGAAGAUUGCUUUGAUUUUGUAAAUGCAUCGCAGCCCAUCAUUGUUAAUUUGUGUGUGGUAAAGACUGCUGUUUAUCUUAGACUUGUGUGGGAUUAGUGUGAUACGAACAAGUCUCACCCAGAAAAUCUGCUUUGAUGACCUCUAGUUUAGUUUAUAAUUGUCAUGUGUACUGAGGUACAGUGAAAAGCUUGUUUUGUUGUGUGCUAUCCAGUAUGUGGAAAGGCCUGACGGGCUUUCCACAAUGUACAAGUAACCUGAAGAUUUAUGCUCAGCUUUAUGUGUUUUCAAUGGUUUCCCUGCUAAUCAUUCCUAUAGCAUUGUGUAGAUUUUUGCCAUCUCUGGUUAAAGAACUAUCUCCAAUCACUGUUGGAGCCAACAAACAUAAUUGAAAGGUUAGAGUCGCAAGGAAAUGCAAAUGCUGGAAUCUUGAGCAAAACACAAAGUACUGGAGUUUUGGUCACCCUGUUAUAGCUGGGACGUUAAGCUGGAAGGAGUGCAGAGAAGGUUUAUAAGGAUGUUUUGAGGGCUUGAGAUUUAGGGAGAGGCAGAGCAAGCUAGGACAUUCCUUGGAGCGCAGGAGAAUGAGGGGUGAUCUAGAGGUGUAUAAGAUAAUAGGUAUACAAAAAUGCUGGAGAAACUCAGCGGGUGCAGCAGCAUCUAUGGAGCAAAGCGAAAGAUCAUACUGGAAAUGGAGAGGGUAAAUGCAGAUUCUUUUAUCCAGAGUAGGGAUCAAGAACCAGAGCAUGUAGGUUUAAGGUGAGGGGAAAGAUUUAAUUGGGACCUGAGGGGCAAAUUUUUCAGAGGGCGAUGGUAUAUGGAAUAAGCUGCCAGUAGUUGAGGCAGGUACUAUAACAGUAUAUAUUUUUUAAAUUGUUGAAUAGAUAUGUAGAAACAAAGAACUACAGAUGCUGGUUUACACAAAAGGACACAAAGGCAUGCAGCAUCCAUAUAGCAAUUACAAUACGGAAACAGGCCAUUUCUGCCCUUCUAGUCUGUGCCGAACACUUAUUCUCACCUAGUCCCAUCUACCUGCACUCAGACCAUAACCCUCCAUCCCUUUCCCUGGAGCACGUGGAUAAGGGAACGUUUCACAGCGUGCUGGAAUAACUUAAGUGAUGUUUUGGGUCAGAACCCUUCAUUCUUUAGAGGGUUUCAUGAAAUAUGAGUCAAACCACAGGCAGAUUGGACUAGAUGGGACAUCUUUUGUCAACUUGGGCUGAAGAAACUGCGCAGAAUGAUUAUGGAGUAACUCAGUGGAUCAGGCAGCAUCUGUGGAGGGAAUAGAUAGACAACAUUUCAGGUAGGGAUCCUUCUUCAGACUGAUUGAUGAAAGGUUAUUGUUUCAUUCUAGUAUCCUUUUCCAUAGAUCUGUGUCCCUGCUCAUAAAUACCAUUAGGUAAUUUAAUUCACUAAUUUAGCUUUUAUUAAAGUAAGGGAGAAUGAUAUAAAUAAAACAAGAAAUUUGCCAUAAAUUAUUUGUAAUACACAAUGCAGUUAUACACAGAUCUCUGCUAUAAGAUGGUUCUUAGUGAAUAUUCCCAUAUCGGAGUUGAUAUUUAAAAUUUGGAAACCCGAGUGCUAUCUGUGGUCAGAUCUAUAUUUGGAUCAGUUGGGGGUUGAUUUCCUGAGGCUCUCGGCAGGUCCAGAAGAACGCUGCCUCACAAAAGGGAAUAUCAAGUAUUAACCGUUCAAACUCAAAUAUUGCCUCAACUUCGCAAUUUUUCUGGGGAACAGUUUAGUAGCCUGUUGGUUUUAUUUAUGUGAACCAGAAUUCGAAUCUAUUUAUAAUUAAGCCUGAUGAAAAUGCAGAACGGUUUCAAGGACUUAACCCUUUUUGACUUAGAUGGUGACAGCAGACUAUACGUGGUUGAUUCGAUAAAUAACUUGCACAGAGCCAAUACUUGCGAUGAACCCUGUGGCCCAAUUUUAAAUACAGUCGAAUGUCCCAGUGGUGCCGAGAACAUUGAAGCUUCCACCAAGGAAUUAUUGUCUGAUAACAAGAAGGAGGAAUCGGAGAUUGCUGUUGACUCCACAGCAAACGGCAGUCGCUGUUCGCCCUCACGGCUGAAGAAAGGGCUGCUGCUGACGGUCUUGAUGUUGCUGUUGAUGGUCAGCUUUGUCCUGGCUGCACUUGCCAUCGUUUUUAUUGUGAGGAUGGAUGAUCAGCUCGAUUACAUUUUGGCAAAGGUAACCGCAGAAGGGAAAGAAAUGAAAGAAAUGAAGAUUCUGAUGAUGAACCACCUCAACUUCUCAAACAACAGUGAUGUGCCUGGAAUAUUUCCCAACCAAAGCCCUUGACAACAAAUAAAAUCUUCAUUGCUGUACAGGUUUACAAACGUACUAUUGGAAAAAUCAAAACUUCACCUGAAAUGUGUCUCAGAGUGCUUCCAAUGUCAUUCAAACAGUGCUUGCAUUAUCAGCCCGGAUGCUGGAAGAAUGUGUCUGGUCAGCAACAGAUUCAGAGCAAGAAUGUCCCUAAAACAGUUCAUCAUGCAGGAAUUAUUACCCAGAAAAUAUUAAUAACUUGUCUGAGAAUAAUCCAUCAACUCUGAAGCAACAUUUUUCCACUUGAACCAGUGAUGACGCAUAUUAUUUGUAGCAGAUUUAUUUUUUCAUUUUAACAAAUGUGAAAAAUUCUGUAUCAAGGAAACUAUCCAUUUCUACAUUAUGUUGCAUCUUUCUGCUGUGCAUUCAGCUUAGAGAUAGAUACUUUAGCGAUACAGCGUGGAAACAGGCCCUUCAGCCCAUCGAGUCCGCACCAACGAUCACCCUAUAUGCUAACCUACACACACGCGGGACAAAUUUACAACUUACCAAAACCACAAACCUAUACGUCUUUGGAGUGUGGGAGGAAACCGGAGCACCCAGAGAAAACCGAUCUGGUCACAGGGAGAACGUACAAACUCCGUACAGACAGCACCCGUAGUCAGGAUUAAACUCGGGUCUUUGGCCACUGUAAGACAGCAACUUUACCGCUGUGCCACCAUGCCAUCCAUGUAAUGAUUCUGUGAUUAGAUGGGCAGCACGGUGGCGCAGUGGUAGAGUUGCUGCCUCGCAGCGCCAGGGACCCAGGUUCGAUCCUGACCUCAGGUGCUGUCUGUACGGAGCGUGUACGUUCUCCCUGUGACCUGCGUGGGUUUUCCCCAGGUGCUCCAGUCCACUACAACUUUCAAACUAGCUCCAAACUACAGAGACUUGGGGGAAUUGUAGUUUUGUUCGGCACGGACUUGUAGGGCCGAGAUGGCCUGUUUCUGUGCUGUAAUUGUUAUAUAUUAUAUAUUAUUAUUAAUAAAUCUGUCAAUAGUAUAUUCAAUAUGAAACACUUUGGAUACAAGGAAAGGUUUAGAGGGAUAUGGGACAAACUAGGGCAAAAGGGAACUAGCUUAGAUGGGCCCGAUGUGGUUGGCAUGGAUGCGUCAGGCUGAAGGGCCUGUAUCCGUGCUGCAUGACUAUUUUCAUUGCACCUGUAUCUCACCAUACUUGUUCAUAUGACAAUAAACUCAACUUGACUUGA